AUGAAGUUCAUGAAAGUGGGCCGUGUGGCCAUCAUCACCCGUGGCCGUUAUGCCGGUAAGAAGGUCGUCAUUGUUCAGCCCCAAGACUCUGGCUCUAAGGCGCACCCCUUCUCCUACGCCAUCGUCGCCGGUAUCGAGCGCUACCCCUCGAAGGUCACCCGCCGUAUGGGCAAGAAGACCCUCGAGAAGCGCAGCCGCGUCAAGCCCUUCAUCAAGGUUGUCAACUACAACCACUUGAUGCCCACCCGUUACACCCUCGAGCUCGAGGGUCUCAAGGGUACCGUCACCCCCGAGACCUUCAAGGAGGUUUCCCAGCGUGAGGACGCCAAGAAGACCAUCAAGAAGGCCCUUGAGGACAGAUACACCAGCGGCAAGAACCGGUGGUUCUUCACUCCUCUGCGUUUCUAA